CUCCGGCCGGAAUUUCUGCCUCCCGGAGCCCUGAGCCCAGAAGCGGGGAGAAGUUGGCGAGGUCGUCUCCGGGAGGGUUGCCAGAAAUUGAGGACGGACUCCCGCCGCGGUCGACUAAAGCCCCAGAGGAGCUUCUCUGCUGCGUCGGGGCUGAGUGUGGACGCGCCGCGCGCGUCCCCGCUAGGGCUGGGAGUUUGUAGACCGUCCCUGCCGCGGCCCGCUCGGCGGCGGCCCCGGGCGCGAUCCAGCCCAGGUAGCCCUGCCGCAGGCUCGGGGCGUCGCGACCCCGCGCCUCGGGCCCCACGGGCACGGCGGCCGGCGGGGGCUCCGGCCGCUGCUGCUGCCCAGCAAGGAGCCUCUGAUGAGGGCGACUCAUCUGUUCACACGUAUUGAGCCAAGAGAGCUGAGAUGAUCGCAGAGACGGUUGAGAGAAGACAAGGAGAAAGGUGUGAAGAGGCUGAGUGAUACACAGAGGGACCCUUGGAAAUCAGAAUGGAAGAGAGGAGAGGAAGUCGGCUGACACAGGAGCCAGAGUGAGACCAGCAGACUCUCACACUCAACUUACACCAUGAAUUUGUGUCUAUCUUCUAUGCGUUAAGAGCCAAGGACAGGUGAAGUUGCUGGAGAGCAAUGGCUCUCUUUACUCCGUGGAAGUUGUCCUCUCAGAAGCUGGGCUUUUUCCUGGUGACUUUUGGCUUCAUUUGGGGUAUGAUGCUUCUGCACUUUACCAUCCAGCAGCGAACUCAGCCUGAAAGCAGCUCCAUGCUGCGUGAGCAGAUCCUGGACCUCAGCAAAAGGUACAUUAAGGCUCUGGCAGAAGAAAACAGGAAUGUGGUGGAUGGGCCAUACGCUGGAGUCAUGACAGCUUAUGAUCUGAAGAAAACUCUUGCUGUGUUAUUAGAUAACAUUUUGCAGCGCAUCGGCAAGUUGGAGUCAAAGGUGGAUAAUCUUGUUGUCAAUGGCACCGGAACAAACUCAACCAACUCCACCACAGCUGUUCCCAGCUUGGUUGCACUUGAGAAAAUUAACGUGGCAGAUAUCAUUAACGGAGCUCAAGAAAAAUGUGUAUUGCCUCCUAUGGACGGCUACCCCCACUGUGAGGGGAAGAUCAAGUGGAUGAAAGACAUGUGGCGUUCAGAUCCCUGCUACGCAGACUAUGGAGUGGAUGGGUCCACCUGCUCUUUUUUUAUUUACCUCAGUGAGGUUGAAAAUUGGUGUCCUCAUUUACCUUGGAGAGCAAAAAACCCAUACGAAGAAGCUGAUCAUAAUUCAUUGGCGGAAAUUCGUACGGAUUUUAAUAUUCUCUACAGUAUGAUGAAAAAGCAUGAAGAAUUCCGGUGGAUGAGACUACGGAUCCGGCGAAUGGCUGACGCAUGGAUCCAAGCAAUCAAGUCCCUGGCAGAAAAGCAGAAUCUUGAAAAGAGAAAGCGGAAGAAAGUCCUUGUUCACCUGGGACUCCUGACCAAGGAAUCUGGAUUUAAGAUUGCAGAGACAGCUUUCAGUGGUGGCCCUCUUGGUGAAUUAGUUCAGUGGAGUGAUUUAAUUACAUCUCUGUACUUACUGGGCCAUGACAUUAGGAUUUCAGCUUCGCUGGCUGAGCUCAAGGAAAUCAUGAAGAAGGUUGUAGGAAACCGAUCUGGCUGUCCAACUGUAGGAGACAGAAUUGUUGAGCUCAUUUAUAUUGAUAUUGUAGGACUUGCUCAAUUCAAGAAAACUCUUGGACCAUCUUGGGUUCAUUACCAGUGCAUGCUCCGAGUCCUCGAUUCAUUUGGUACUGAACCCGAAUUUAAUCACGCAAAUUAUGCCCAGUCGAAAGGCCACAAGACCCCCUGGGGAAAAUGGAAUCUAAACCCUCAGCAGUUUUAUACCAUGUUCCCUCAUACCCCAGACAACAGCUUUCUGGGGUUCGUGGUUGAGCAGCACCUGAACUCCAGUGACAUCCACCACAUUAAUGAAAUCAAAAGGCAGAACCAGUCCCUUGUGUAUGGCAAAGUGGAUAGCUUCUGGAAGAAUAAGAAGAUCUACUUGGACAUUAUUCACACAUACAUGGAAGUGCAUGCAACUGUAUAUGGCUCCAGCACAAAGAAUAUUCCCAGUUACGUGAAAAACCAUGGUAUCCUCAGUGGACGGGACCUGCAGUUUCUUCUUCGAGAAACCAAGUUGUUUGUUGGGCUUGGGUUCCCUUAUGAGGGUCCAGCUCCCCUGGAGGCUAUCGCAAAUGGAUGUGCGUUUCUGAAUCCCAAGUUCAGCCCACCCAAAAGCAGCAAAAACACAGACUUUUUCAUUGGCAAGCCAACUCUGAGAGAGCUGACAUCCCAGCAUCCUUACGCUGAAGUUUUCAUUGGGCGGCCACACGUGUGGACUGUUGACCUCAACAAUCAGGAGGAAGUAGAAGAUGCAGUGAAAGCAAUUUUAAAUCAGAAGAUUGAGCCAUACAUGCCAUAUGAAUUUACAUGCGAGGGGAUGCUACAGAGAAUCAAUGCUUUCAUUGAAAAACAGGACUUCUGCCAUGGGCAAGUGAUGUGGCCGCCCCUCAGUGCCCUGCAGGUCAAGCUUGCUGAGCCCGGACAGUCCUGCAAGCAGGUGUGCCAGGAGAGCCAGCUCAUCUGUGAGCCUUCUUUCUUCCAGCACCUCAACAAGGACAAGGACAUGCUGAAGUAUGAGGUGACCUGCCAAAGCUCGGAGCUGGCCAAGGACAUCCUGGUGCCCUCCUUUGACCCCAAGAAUAAGCACUGUGUGUUUCAAGGGGACCUCCUGCUCUUCAGCUGCGCAGGCGCCCACCCCAGGCACCGGAGAGUCUGCCCCUGCCGGGACUUCAUCAAGGGCCAGGUGGCUCUCUGCAAAGACUGCCUAUAGCGGCCACCUGCUCAGCCCCGCACCGCGCUGCCGGGGAAGACAGUGCCCCAGCCCCGUCAGACAGGGCCAGGGGCAGAAGUCAUCCAGGGACUCUGGCAAGAGCCUGAACUUUUUGGUAGAAGGUUCUGAUUUGGUAUUGCUCCUGCUGCACUCGGAGCAGAGCCCAGUGGAGUCUUCACCAAAACAAAACGAGAGUGUCUGUCAGGCCGGGCGCCUGGCUUGCCCCUGGCACAACGUCAUUCCUGUUUCUCAAGGAGCAACUGUGGGAGGACUGUGUCACUGCAGCUGCUCCAGGGUAAAAGAAAGUCUCGAGAGUCCUUUAAAACAAAACAGGAGGAAUUGAGCUGAUGGGAGAGAACGCUGAAUGGGAACAUUCCUAAGCCCAUUAACUUAUUUAUUUGGGUGGGAGGGAGGGGACCAAGGGAGGGAGAGGAGGGAUUGAUCACAGGCUUCUUUUACUUCCAAUGUUAAUCAUCCACCUUCACUGUAUUGUUAUUCUGUCUGCUUCAAGCAGAGUGCCGGAGGGAGGAGGCAGAGUGCACCGUGGGGCUGGUGGGGUGCUCAGGAGCAGCCCUGGAGACCUGGCUGCUCAAAACGAUAGCAGCAGAGCAAAAGAAACUUUCGCUUUGGAAGCACAGCCAGAGUCCCCAGGGCAUUGUCAUAGAUAGCAGCUAGAGCGUGGGCUGCCUCGGUCGGGGGGUGUGCCUGUGUUGUCCAGAGAGCCCAGUCAGGGAUAGAAGAUGAGACGAGGCCCUUUUCCUCCAUGUCCCCAUGCCCAGACACAUUCCUUGGCCAUAAUUUCUUUUAGAAUCCCUUUAGGAAAGAAAUACGGGACUGAGGGAUUUUGGAGUUUCUGGUAAACUCCCCCUCCCUCUGGCCCCACUGUGAGGAGGAAAGUAGAGAUGAGGGACUCGCACGCUGCUCGUGGACUUGGAGAGGGUUGCCUUCGAGCCGAGGUUCGGACAGGAGUGAGGUCGAUCCUUAAAAACUUGUGGCAUGACCGGAGCUGGGCUCCUGACAGGUGGGUUUGUGUUGUGUCCCCUCUGAUGGCACCAAAGUCCAGGGAAGGGGGCUCUGGCUGUCUGCUGGGGGAGCGGGGGCAGCUCGAGAUGAAUGCAGUGCACUGUCCUGGCUGCUUACCCGAGGGUCUGGCCCUCAAAGGUGGGAAUCUGGUGCUGGCUUUUCCUUCAGGCAGGAUUACUCUGACUUGUUGAGUAACCAGUCAGCAGGUAGGCCUGGUCAGACACACUGGACCUCACCUUCCAAACCCUGGACCCCGCCAUGCUCUGCCUUUGUGUAAGUUCCCACCCCCUCUGAAUCGUCGCUGCCAUGCUCUGUACAAGCUUGUAAGUUUCUGGAAAGCGUCUGACAUCACCGUGCUGGUGCAAGUGAGCCCCUUUCUGCCUGAUGUGAGCACUUGGCAUUAUCCACCUGGCCCCUGCUGGGCGCCUCGGUUGCUCAGUGAUGUGCUCCUUGCCGGGGCUUCCAAGCACCCUGUCUGCUAACGGAGGGCAGCCUGAUGGAGCCUCUGCUGGGCAGAGCUGAUGGGCAAAGCUUAAUGGCUGGUGGGAUUUCAGAAUGUGAGGGAAAGGAAGAAUUCUGCUUCAUGGGGACCAGAGUCAGUGUGGGGCCUUUAAGUCUUGUGAAGUUAGGUUCUUCUGCUUUCUCAGUUGCUACACAAAUGAGCGGCCAGCCUUUUUUCUUAGGCCCACUGAGAGACCCCUGCCCAGUGGGUCUGAAUUGUACCUCGUUUAAGAGAAUGGAGGAGGGAGGAGGCACCCGGGGUCUCCUCCACUCCUUAGGCAGCCCCUGCACACAUCUGCCAGGGAGAGUACCAUGAGGGGGGCCCUCUGCCCUGAGCACCAUCACGGGGGCACCUCCAGACCUGGCUGAGAAUAGCCUCUGCUUGGGCCUAGCAAGAAGGGCGGCAGUCCAAAGGAAACCUUGUUGGUGACUGUGUAUGUGUAUGAGCGUGUGCAUUUCUUUAAGCUUUGUAAGGGCAGUUUCCUGGAGUAGGAGGGUAGAUGACUGCUAUCCUUGCUGUGAGGAAGAGGUUUUCCUUGUGAACAGGCCUCUUGGCUGUAGGGUGUGGGUUAUUUGCUAGUUAGCCAACCUGCAAUCCCUGGGCCAGGGCCGCCCUCUCCCAGGGUCUUCCAGGAGUCGUGAACGCUGCGGAUGUCAGUGCAAGCAUCUGACCAGCAGGGGGAGCCGGCAGGCUGGAUGACGUUUAACCCACUUGGCCUCUGCUGCUUCUAAGCAAUAAAGCUGAAAAGUAACCUUAGCUCUGCCUUGUGUUCCAGAAGCUGCAGGGAUCACAUGCUGGCUGUCCUGUAAGUUUAAGGCCUCCCUACCUUCCCCUUCUUUUUCAAGCCACAAGGGUAGCCUCCAGGGUCAGGCAGCCCCGAAGAGUACUUUUCUCCCAUUUAAAAAUCCCUCUUUUGUCACCCCAAGUCCAGUGUUGGCUGGAAAUGAGCCGGAGGUCUACUGGCCGGGCAGCUGCUCUUGGAGCAAACAGGCCCACACUCCAGUUGUUGAGGGCAUUAUCUGAAAAGUCAGUGACCCCUGAGUGUGUACUGGCUCCCAGGCCUCCUCAGACUUGGCCCAGGUGUGCUCAGUGAUCCUGGAGAGGAAGUGGGGCGGGGCUGCCAUCAGCCCUGCAUGGAAGAGGAGAGGAAGGUCCACUGACUGUCUGUGGGAGCCGGUGGAGGGUUUGCCGUUGCUGAUCUUGAUAGAAUCCUACACCAAUCUGUAGCUGAUAACAGUUCCAUGAGGAGAGAAAUCGUAAGUCACGAUUAAUGUUUUUCUGCACUAUAAUCAUAUCUUGCCUCGUGUUUUGGAUUAUUUUCCCCAUUGUGAUCCUAAGCUCUUUAAAAACUUAAGGGAAAACACUUACCUAAUUUACUAAAAGAGAAAGCUUUCCAUUGAAAGGUCAACACUUUCAGGAGUAAAAAGACUUCUUUGAAUGCCAGUAAACACCUCAUUUAUUUCGUGUAUGCAGUUUGAUUUGCACAUGUAUAAAUGGAGAUGCUUUUUUCAUUUUUGCUUGGGCUGGAUUUUUGUCACUGCUCAUUUUAGUUUGCCUUUUUGUGUGUUCCCUGUGCGUUUGGAGAUACUAGUCUGUUUAUUUGGUGAUAUUUGUUUCCUUGAUGUGCCUUUUCACUUUUCUUUGGGGUUUUUGGAAUCUGGAUGCUGUUGAAGGGCAAUAGCAGACUCCUCCAGCUAAGAGACAGGACAUGUCCCUGGGUCACUGUGGCUGUUCAAGCCGGACAUCAGAAGCUCCCUGCACUCCCCCUGCCAGGCCAUAGCAUGUAUGCAUCCACCCCCAGAGGAGGGUGUGAAGCCUUGAGAAACUCAAGAAAAGGGUGGAUUCUGCCAUACCUUCUGGUCUACCUGGGGACUGCUGGUUGCCAGUGUGCCAAGUGACCUGUGUUCCCUGCCACCACGCACUUGCUGAGGUGUGGCUGAGGCAGAAGCAUGCGGGCGGGUGCAUCCAAGGAGUUCAAGGCCCUGCUUGGAGAAGAAACACUUGAACUAGUUAGCAUCAUGAAAGGGAAAGGAUGUGCACCCCUUUUUUGUUUCCUUAGUGAAUGCGAGAUUUAAUGAAGGUGAAUAACGAGCUUCCCCUUUGGGAGUGGAGCCCAGUACAACUCACUGGCAGGGUCUGACGUGAGUGUGACAUGUUGGACUGAAUCUCUAUGUCUCUAGGUAGGUGUGUGCUUUCUAGAGCAGACCAAGGUGGCCACCCCAUUUCUCCAAGGUGGUUUACCUAGCAUGUGUAUAUAAUUAGACAUUGCCACCCUCACCUCUGGCCAAAAAUUGAUUUAAAAAAAAAUAUUUUGUUAACGACAGGCUGUGUUGUAUGUGUUACUAUCCCAAGCCUGGAUUAUUUUAUUUAUUUAAAAGUAUUUUAACUUCCCUAUUGGCUUUAUUCGAAUCCCAUCCGUCCCUGUGGGGCUGCAGGGCAUCUUCAUGUGAGUAGAUGGAUGGACAGAAAUAGAUUCACGUUCAUUUAGGAAGCUGGGAGUUUGGUGAAGCCGAGGGUGAGUUCCUGUGAUUCUUGUUGGCUUCAACAAAAAGUGGGAGACCAAGUUUUUAUAGCAAAAGACCAAAUUAGCUGUAGAGUUUCGAAUGCAGAAAAAAAUUACCCUAGCUUUCUUAGCAUUUAGGGUUUUGUGAGGAUUCCGUGUUUAGCACAGUGCUUGGCACAUAGUAGGCCCUAGUAAAUGUUGAGUAUUGUCAUUAGUGUUUCCUAAAACUUGAGAAAUAAAGAGCUGAGCUCAUUCCCUUCCUGUUGAUUCAAAAAUGAUAGCUACAUGAAAACAUGAUUCCAAGUUGAUUGAAGGUUUUAGAAUUACUGGUUUAGAGUAUUCCUAGUUCUGGGCCUACCCUGCUGGUUGGCAUUUUACUGUAUUCUUGAAUGUACUGGUUCGAAAAUAUGCCAGACUUCAGCCCCCAAGGAAACAAGGCUGCAAGAAUUUAUGAACUCCAGCUGGAAAGGGUAAAGGUGACCUUUGGCCAGCCACCUACUGAACCCUAUCCCACUGAUGUCUUUCAGAACAUUCCAGGGGUUUUCUUCAAGGAACAUUUUUGAGCUAGAAGUUGAAACGUGUUCUCUCACAGACUGCACCCCUUGAGUCAAAGUUAACAGUAUUCCUUUGCAGUAAUGGAGGCUUGUCUGCUUUAAGGGGGGAAUGACCGACUGGUUGAACUUAUACGUUCCCCAAGCAGGUCCUUUUGCUGCCCCCUACGGGCUGGGGUGGCCCCUCCUGUCCUCAGGGAUCGGACUCCCAGGUUGGUUAGCUCUGCUGUUUCUAUCAAAUUAAACAUUAUUUCCUGGCCUGGUCCGCCAACCCCACCCUGCCAGAUGGGGGCAAUGGGGCAGGGAUUUUGGCCUCUCAGAACAGCUCCUAGAGGCUGCUCACAGUUGAACGAUGUUUUCCCGAACCACCUAAAUAUCAGUUUGCUUUUUGUUUUGGGAGGAGAUUAGCCUUUUACUUCCCCGGUGGAUGGAAAGUUUUAUCUCCUUAUCUCCUGCCCUGUCUUGGCAUAACUCUGGAUAGAUUGCAGGUGUGGAAUUUGCUGGAGUUUGGUGUCUUUUUCAAAUUCCUUUGGAUUCUCUUCAGCCAAAUCAGCAGUCUCCUAGUCCUAUGGAUACAGUGAUUGAUUGGAAUUUCCCGUCUGCAAAGCAUCUCUCUAGCCCAGGUUUUGUGGAGCCUUAAGACACUCCCUCACUGCCACCCUGACCCCACAGCUGGGGAACCCUGUGCUUAUGUGGUGGGUAGGGCCACUGUUGAUGGAGCAUGGUGGGGACGGGGUGGGUACUUAGGGGAUCUGUGGUGCUGGAGGCCUAAACGCCUCUCGGGACAGCACACCAGGAACCUCGGAGCAGUCUCACGUCCGCCCAAGCUGAGAGGGAGCGAACUUGGGAAGCAUUUUGCUCACUGUCCUGCCCAAGUAUUUAAUAGUGUAAUAGUUGAUGCCAAAGGAGAUGGUAACGUCCCUUCUGUAGUCGCUGUCACAACCUUGACGUCUUUAAGCUAAUGGCCGUUUGCAUCUGUGUCUUCAAACAGAUCCUGUUAGAGCCAUUUUCUGUGGUUCACUUCUGGGGUGAAGUAAUGCAGGAUUCUGCAAACAAGGUGUCGCUGUCCAAACAUACUGUACUGGCAAAGAGAGCACUGCUUUGUUUUCCACUGUUGUAGAGAAAACUAGGGAGAACUUUAUUUUUCAAUAAACUUUUCUUGUGUGACA